AUGGAGGAUACCAACCAGACGGCUGAGAAUGGAUUCAUCCUCCUUGGUCUGUCGACCAUCCCGUACCUUCAAGCUAUUUUCUUCUCCCUGUUUCUGGCUGUGUAUGUAGUCACUCUAGUUGGAAACACUUUACUUAUUGUAGCUGUGAGACUAAAUACUCAGCUCCAGACCCCAAUGUAUUUCUUCCUCUGUAAUCUCGCCUUCAUUGACAUUUGUUUCUCCACCACCGUAGUGCCCCAACUUUUGGCAAACACUUUAUUUGAGGAUGGAAGAAUUUCACUGUUAGGAUGUGCAGCUCAGAUGUUCAUAUCUUUAGUUCUUGGUGUAACAGAAUGUUUACUGCUGGCAGUCAUGUCCUUCGACCGGUACGCAGCUAUCUGUAAACCAUUACACUACAAUGUUAUCAUGAGCAAGAGAUUGUGCAUCGCUCUAAUAACUGGAUGCUGGACAUUCUGUGUGAUAAACUCUUUCAUCCAUGUUGUUCUAACGUUUAAACUGCCAUUUUGUAGGUGCAACCACAUUAACCACUUCUUUUGUGAGAUGCCUCCAUUCUUUCGAAUAUCUUGUACUGAAAUCUGGUUUAACGAGAUCGCAAUGUAUGUAUCUACUGUGAUUAUUGUGAUAUGUUCCUUCGUAACGACUCUCACAUCAUACAUUCACAUUAUUUCCACAAUAUUAAAGAUCCGUUCUUCUGAGGGACGUCAUAAAGUUUUCUCAACCUGUGCGUCUCACCUCACCGUGGUCAGUCUCUAUUACACCAGCAUCAUGUCCAUGUAUCUACGCCCACAUUCCGCACACUCUCCUGAGACGAGCAAAGACAUUUCUCUUCUCUAUACCACGGUUACACCAAUGCUGAAUCCCAUUGUCUACAGCAUCAGAAAUAAACCUGUUAAAGGCACCAUAGAGAGAAUGUUUACCAGGCAAAGGUGCGGCUGUACUAAUAGCAGAGUAUUCGUCAGUUAG